AUGGUGGCGGACACAGGGAGCUGGUGCGUGUACGCAGUGCUGAGAUUUUUUUAUUCAUUCUUCUUUCUUGGACGAAUUAUAUGUGGAGUUUUGCGUGUAUAUUUGGUCAUUGGCCUUUGGGUUAUCAGGAGACAUCUACAGAGAAAGAAAAAGUCAGCCUCAACCAACAAAAAUGGAAAAGAUCAAAUGGUGGUUGCAUUUUCCCGUCCAUACUGCAAUGCAGGUGGAGAGAGAGUUCUGUGGUGUGCUUUGAGAGCCCUGCAGAAAAAGAAAUGCUACCUUGUGGAAGAUUCUCGCUAUCCUCCCUUCCCAUGGCCAGGCCAAAGUCUUGGAUCCAUUCUUCCUGGCUGGGAAGCUCUGAUACAGCGUGUUCCUGAUGUGUACAUCGAUUCGAUGGGAUCCGCCUUCACACUCCCUCUGUUUAAAUAUGUGUGAGGUUGCCGAGUUGGGAGCUACGCUCACUAUCCCACUAUCAGCACGGACAUGCUGUCGGUGGUGAAGAAUCAAAAUCCUGGAUUUAAUAACGCUGCUUUCAUUAGCAGAAACGCUCUCCUCAGCAAAGCAAGGCUCAUCUAUUACUAUUCAUUUGCUUUUGUUUAUGGCCUUGUUGGAUCGUACAAUGACAUAGUCAUGGUUAAUUCUUCAUGGACACUAAACCAUAGUCUCUCACUGUGGAAAGUUGGGCGUUGCACUAGCAUUGUUUGUCCACCUUGUGAUGUGCAGACAUUUCUGGACAUCCCUUUACAUGAGAAAAAGGUGACCCCAGGGCAUUUACUGGUUUCCAUUGGCCAGUUCAGGCUGGAAAAGACUCGUGCUUUGUGGAUCAAAGCCUUUGCUAAGUUGCUAAAUGAGAAGGCAGCUGAGUCCCGCUAUUCUCUAAAACUUGUCCUUAUUGGAGGAUGUCGCAACAAAGAUGAUGAGUUUAGAGUAAACCAACUGAGAAGACUGUCUGAGAAUUUGGGAGUUCAAGAAAACGUGGAAUUUAAAAUAAACAUUUCAUUCGAUGAAUUGAAGAAUUACUUGUCUGAAGCAACAAUCGCUCUGCAUACCAUGUGGAAUGAGCAUUUUGGGAUCGGAGUUGUGGAGUGUAUGGCGGCUGGUACAAUUAUCCUCGCACGCAAUUCCGGAGGCCCAAAGCUUGACAUUGUCAUUCCUCAUGAAGGACAAAUAACUGGAUUUCUGGCUGAGAGUGAAGAAGGCUAUGCUGAAACCACGGCCCAUAUUCUCUCUCUGUCCCCAGAAAAGAGACUUCGAAUCAGGAAAACUGCUAGAACGUCUCUGAGCAGGUUUUCCGACCAGGGGUUUGAAGUAGCAUUCCUGUGUUCCGUGGGGAAGCUGCUUACUCAAUGCCCGGUCUGCACGCUCUUCGUGUUUCAUACAACGUGGAGGUGGAGAUAG